AGGUUUUACCCGACUUCUUGCACAGGUGUCCCGACUCCUCCCCUUCAGUCUCGCACAGUGGUGUAUAUUAAAUUCCCCUUAAUUUUUGCACAGGUGUCCCGAAUCCUCCCCUUCAGUCUUGCACAGGUGUACCAGCUCCUGCCCUUCAGUUUUGCACAGGUUACUUGCUCCUCCCCUUCAGUCUUGCAGAGGUGUACCGGCUCCUCCCCUUCAGUCUUGCACAGGUGUAGACUCCUCCCCUUUUUUAGUCUUGCACAGGUGUACCGGCUCCUCUUCUUUCCCCUUCAGUCUUGCACAGGUUUGUACCGGCUCCUCCCCUUCAGUCUUUGCACAGGUGUUACCAACUCCUCCCCUUCAGUCUUGCACAGGUGUACCGGCUCCUCCCCUUCGGUCUUGCACAGGUGUAACCGGCUCCUCCCCUUCCGCCUUGCACAGUUUUAGAAUCAGGUAUACCGUCUCCUCCCCUUCUGUCUUGCACAUUGUACAAUCACUUUCCUCCCCAGUCUU